AGUGACGGAAGCCUUCUCGUCCUGCCCGGGAAGGCUGCGGAGGAGACAUGGAGACAACGGGGGCGGUUGCUGGGAGCUCGUGACUGAAAGAACGGGAGCCGCCUGCGCCUAUAGAGCCGGUCACGUGAGCAGAGCCGCUGCCCUGUGUCAUGUGACCUCAAACUGCGCUCACCCGCACACACCUGGCACCUGGAGACCUAUUGCAUAUAUAUUCACACCCCUCAGCUGAACCUGUCCCAUCCCCCCAUACAUACAGUGCUGCCCCCUAUAGAGAGAGUUCUGGGAGAGAGACUGCACCACUGAGACAUCAGCAUCUGAGAGAGUGCUCCACUGAGACAUCAGCAUCUGAGAGAGUGCUCCACUGAGACAUCAGCAUCUGAGAGAGUGCUCCACUGAGACAUCAGCAUCUGAGAGAGAGUGCUCCACUGAGACAUCAGCAUCCGAGAGAGACUGCACCACUGAGACAUCAGCAUCCGAGAGAGUGCUCCACUGAGACAUCAGCAUCUGAGAGAGAGUGCUCCACUGAGACAUCAGCAUCUUAGAGAGAGUGCUCCACUGAGACAUCAGCAUCUGAGAGAGUGCUCCACUGAGACAUCAGCAUCGGAGAGAGUGCUCCACUGAGACAUCAGCAUCUGAGAGAGUGCUCCACUGAGACAUCAGCAUCUGAGAGAGUGCUCCACUGAGACAUCAGCAUCUGAGAGAGUGAUCCACUGAGACAUCAGCAUCCGAGAGAGAGUGCUCCACUGAGACAUCAGCAUCCGAGAGAGAGUGCUCCACUGAGACAUCAGCAUCCGAGAGAGAGUGCUCCACUGAGACAUCAGCUCCAGAGAGAGUGCUCCACUGAGACAUCAGCUCCAGAGAGAGUGCUCCACUGAGACAUCAGCUCCAGAGAGAGUGCUCCACUGAGACAUCAGCUCCAGAGAGAGUGCUCCACUGAGACAUCAGCUCCAGAGAGAGUGCUCCACUGAGACAUCAGCUCCAGAGAGAGAGUGCUCCACUGAGACAUCAUCUAUUAGACCGCACAUGUGAGACAAGUGACCUCAGGAGGUGAUGGCUCUGGACUCCACCAUGCAGGGGGACCCUCCGGCUAUGAGAGUCUCUGAUAGUGAUGGGAAGCUGGACCUGACCCCCAGCCCCCACAACCACCGUGUGGCCCCCCGGGGGGUGAGCAGCAAGGUGUGGCAGUACAGCGACCACAUGGAGAACAUCUGCGGCUAUCUGAUGAAGUACACCAACCUGGUCACCGGCUGGCAGUUCAGGUUUUUCGUCCUGAACAAUGAGGCGGGGCUCCUGGAAUAUUUCGUGAAUGAGCAGUCAAAGACCCAGAAGCCGCGGGGGACGGUGCAGCUGGCGGGGGCCGUCAUCUCCCCCAGCGAUGAAGACUCCCACACAUUCACAGUCAAUGCUGCAAGUGGAGAGCUGUACAAACUGAGAGCUUCAGACACUAAGGAGCGCCAGCACUGGGUGAGCCGCCUGCAGAUCUGCACCCAGCACCACACGGAAGCCAUCGGCAAGAACAAUCCUCCUCUGAAGUCUCGCAGCUUCUCUCUGGCGUCUCAGGGCAGCGGCAGCUCUCCUGGCACCCAGCGGCGCCCCAGCCAAAAUGCUGCAUCAUUCUUCAACAUCGGGCAUCACCGCGCCAUGCCAACCAGCAGGAAAACCUACAUGCUACAGCCCGACCACCUGGGAGAAGUGCGGGAGAUGAUGUCGCGGGCGGAGUGUCAGCAGAGGGAGUUGAUGCGCGGGAUAGAAGGCCUUCCCCCCAGCGGUCACUUCAGUUCCCUGGACCAGGAUCUGCUGAUGCUGAAGGCCACGUCUAUGGCGACCAUGAACUGCCUGAACGACUGCUUCCACAUGUUAUACCAACAGCACACCGCUCUGCAGAAGAGCAGCUUUCCCGCUGGGGCGCCGCUAAACUGGUUGGAACCAAAGAGCCUCCUGUCCGCGCACCUGGAGAAUGGAGAGGCCCCCCGCUUCACGGCCGAGGACAGUAAGGGGCCCGACUUACUGAUUGAGAUGCAGGAGCCGGAGAGCAGCCCGCUGAGCAGGGACCCUGUGGAUAUAGACCCGGAGGAGGAGGAGGACGCGUGGGAGCUGACGGAGGAUGAUCUGGGGGCGGUGGAGGAGCAGCGCAGCGUCAUCCUGCACCUCCUGUCACAGCUGAAGCUCGGCAUGGACCUCACACGGGUCGUCCUUCCCACCUUCAUCCUGGAGAAGCGCUCACUGCUGGAGAUGUAUGCAGACUUCCUGUCCCACCCUGACCUCUUCCUGUCCAUCAGCGGGGGGCUCACCCCGGAGGCUCGCAUGCUGAGGUUUGUGGAAUAUUACCUGACCUCCUUCCACGAAGGACGGAAGGGGGCCCUGGCCAAGAAGCCGUAUAACCCCAUCAUCGGGGAGACCUUCCACUGCUCCUGGAGGGUCCCUAAGGACUGUGUUCAGACCCCCCAAUCCUCGGACACCGUGGAAGACUCGCUGGAUCAAACACCGACUCAGGAGGACUCCGGAGACGAGAAGGACUACUACACCGUCAGAUUUGUGGCUGAGCAGGUUUCUCACCACCCUCCAGUCUCUGGAUUCUACGCGGAGUGUCCAGAGCGCAAAAUGUGCGUCAACGCCCACGUGUGGACCAAGAGCAAGUUCAUGGGGAUGUCCAUCGGAGUCACUAUGGUGGGAGAAGGUGUCCUGCGCCUCCUGGACUAUGAUGAGGAGUACACCUUCACGCUGCCCUGCGCCUACGCCCGCUCCAUCCUCACCGUACCAUGGGUGGAGCUCGGAGGGAAAGUGAACGUGAACUGCUGUAAGACGGGCUAUUCUGCAGCCAUCACCUUCCACACAAAGCCUUUCUAUGGAGGAAAGUUACACAGGGUGACUGGUGAGGUGAAGCACAACCCUACAAACUCUGUGGUCUGCAAGAUUCAGGGCGAGUGGAACAGCGUCCUGGAGUUCACGUCCAGCAGCGGCGACACCAGAUGUGUGGAUCUGACGAAGCUGCCGGUGACCAGGAAGAGAGUGCGGCCGGUGGAGAAGCAGGGGCCGUUCGAGUCCAGGAGGCUUUGGUCUCAUGUGACAGAAGCCCUGAUGGCGAAAAACUUAGAGAAGGCAACGGAGCACAAGAGAGUCCUGGAGGAGCGCCAGCGGGCGGAGGAGAGGCACCGCGCCGAGACCGAGACGCCCUGGAAAACCAAGUACUUCAUCAAGGAGGGUGACGGCUGGAUAUAUAACCACCCUCUGUGGAAGAGCUGGAGCUCCUCGCUCUAAACUGGGUGAAUCUGCAGGAAUGGAGCACGGACCCCCCCUGCGGGGUUGGCACCCCUGUUUUCUACCCCCCAGCCUGGACACACAGAGACUACUCCUCUGCUCUGAACUCCUGGCAUCUCAUCCAGUAUUAAUCUGCCUCUUUCUUGUCGCUGACUGCUCCCUGAGCGGUUGGAACGUCCCACUCCGGAUGCGACCACAAUCUGCUUUUGUUUAGGUUUAUUUUUGAGAAAUGUGGAUUAAUCCUUUCCCUGCACAUGCUGCCUCUGCCCCCCGUAUGGUUGGAUGGGCUGGGGGCUCAGGAGGAUGAUGGGGGUUGUACAGUAAGAGUGGUGCCUUAUCUCUCUCUUCUGAAUGUCGUCUUCCAAGCCGCGUGUCUGCUCUUGUGGGAGCGGCCCCCUCUCUGGUGUUAGGGCUCCGGAGCUUUGGGGGUGAAACUGUGUGAUGGAAGAAGAGAAUAAAUUGUGAAUUGUC